AUGUCUCGACUGCAAACCGCAUCAGACAGCAGCGAGCCAAGAAGCACGAAGCUUCGUGCAUCAUCAUCAGCACUGAAUGGCUACUCAAGCUCUAGGGUUUUUGUUCCUCUUUCUGCUUCUUCAUCAGACAAAUUUCAUCGAUACGACCAUCAACGAUAUUCAAUAGGAACAAUUUCAUCCUACCUGUCAUCUUUACAUGAAUCCGAUAAUUAUGCAAACACUCAAAGGCCCCAAUCGGAAUUUGCUUCUUCUUUUUUUUUCUCUUCGUUUUUGCGGAUUGUAACCUCAACUGUUACUCUAGGAACUCUAUCACCAAAAACCCUAAAACACUUUCUCCAAAUAAUCUUUUGCCUCUCUAUUAUGAUACACAUCUUGUCAAUGAUACCGUUCACUUUUGCACAGUUCUACAGCCCUCCUUUGAACAUUGAUACCUUUUAUAACUCUGAUAAACGAAGGUGGUUGAUUGCAGGAAACUUUACAUCGAUAUCAGUCAACACCACGACAUUUAAUAAUCUCAACAACAUUGCUAUAUUCAAUGGGAGAACCUGGAAAGGUCUUGGAAAUGGAACAAAUGGACACAUUAGAACUGUGUUUAUUGAUACAUGCUUCAACAUGUAUGCAGGAGGAGAUUUCACUCAGGCUGGAAAUUUAAACACGGGACCCAUUGCAAGGUGGUCAAUUGUCAAACGAACGUGGGAAUCCAUUUCUGAAGGUGUAGCGUGGAAAAACAAUAGCUCUGUUCGAUCAAUUUCUGUUGACUGCUUUCAAACUCCAUCCGAGAUUUCUAGAUGUCAAUGCAACGUGUGGAUUGCUGGCUCUUUCGAGUUGAACAUUAGUGAUGGAAAUGGAACAAAAACAGCCAUUAACGUUGCGAUGUAUCAAUCGCACUCUAAGACAUGGUUCUCAAUGAGAGAACAUAUGGACCAUAACCUUACUCUCUCAAUGACUGUAAAUUCAAUAUUUAAGAGAGAUUUUGGACAAACAUUCCAUUCGAGGAAAACGUUUUUGGGUGGUAGUUUUCCUUACAUUUUAACUUGGGACCCUUACUUCAAAAAUUGGAGCAAGAUUGUGAUCAAUGAUACAAACGCAGAAGUGACACAAAUUCAUUUCCACAAAUCCACCCUUGGGGUGUAUCUAUUUGACUAUUGGAACUAUGUUAUUGCUGGAAACUUUGAAUUUUCUUUCGAAGAUGGUAAUUCCAACUCAACCUGCAAGAAUCUCUGUAUGAUUGAUUUUAGAAAUGGAAAGUGGACGAAGGUGACUGACACGUUUGAGCGUAUUAGUUCUUCAGUAAGGCAAGUUUCCACCACGGAUGGUCACAUUUUUGCAAUUGGUAAUUUCAAUGACACAGACUUUGGUAAUCUGGCUGUGAUUAAUACGGAUGGAAUAUCGAGUUCGUUUUUCAAUAAUACCAAGAUACCGUCACAUACAUAUACCUCUCUGUACUUGUGUAAGCAGACAGAUCUAGAGUGCUCUCUGAACAGUGCUGGUCUCUCAGACACACAAGGACGAAUGUGGUUUUAUGACAGUGACACAAGAGCUACACACUUAUUCGGUACGAUUAAUGCGGGAGGAAUGGUCAGCUAUCUGUCAUCUAUCUAUCUUUACUUUCUAAGCGAUUACAUGUAA